ACUGCGGACACAGUGCAGGGGAUGACCAGAGACUGCGGACACAGUGCAGGGGAUGACCAGAGACUGCGGACACAGUGCAGGGGAUGACCAGAGACUGCGGACACAGUGCAGGGGAUGACCAGAGACUGCGGACACAGUGCAGGGGAGUGACCAGAGACUGCGGACACAGUGCAUGGAUGACCAGAGACUGCGGACACAGUGCAGGGGAUGACCAGAGACUGCGGACACAGUGCAGGGGAUGACCAGAGACUGUGGACAGUGCAGGGAAUGACCAGAGACUGCGGACAACAGUGCAGGGGAUGACCAGAGACUGCAGACAGUACAGAAGAUGACCAGAGACUGCAGACA